GUGUGCUGCAUACAUACACACACCAGACACACACAUCAGACAAACACACACCGGACACACACAACAGACACACAAAAACCAGACACACAACAGGAUCAUCACAAGCUCUUUUCCUUUGAGGACUAUUUGGAGGAAAAGUGGGCAUGGCCCGGGUCCUAGUGGACUACAGGUGGGCGUGGCCCGGAUCCUAGUGGACUACAGGUGGGCGUGGCCCGGAUCCUAGUAGACUACAGGUGGGCGUGGCCCGGGUCCUAGUGGACUACAGGUGGGCGUGGCACGGGUCCUAGUGGACUACAGGUGGGCGUGGCCAGGGACCUGGUGGACUACAGGUGGCCGUGGCCAGGGACCUGGUGGACUACAGGUGGGCGUGGCCAGGGACCUGGUGGACUACAGGUGGGCGUGGUCAGGGACCUGGUGGACUACAGGUGGGCGUGGCCCGGGACCACUACAGGACUACAGAUGGAUUUUGGGGCGGGGCCUUUGGACUACAACAGAAACAGUUUUCUUUGUUUCCCGAAGCCACGCCUUCUGGGAACAGGAGUGAUGAUGAGCAAGAAUGAACAAGCUGAUUGGACGAUAAAGGUCACCAGCCACAUGUAAUGCAGAAGGAACUGAUUGGCUGGACAACACAAUUGAAGCAGGAUGUACUUCCUGUCUGUCUUCCUGCCUGCAGUCCUGUUGGCUGUAGUUCUCGGCCAAUCAGAGGGCUUGUCAGAAACACACCCUGAGAUAAACUCAGACACACAUAGAGAAAUACACUUAGACACACACUUAAACGCACACGCGGACACACUGGCAGACACACACUUGGACACAUACUCGGACACACACUCGGACACACACGCGGACACACACGCGGACACACACGCGGACGUCCCUGACGACGACUACGGCGAGGCGGACUGGGACUCCUCUCCCUUCCUCCCGGACCGCCCCCCGGGGCGGGGCCAGGCCGGGGGGCGGGGCCUGGACUGUGAGGGGGGGUGCGGGGGGCUGGAAGUGACCCUGGUCCCGCAGGGGCCCGACCCCCACCGCUGCCCCGACCCGUUCCGCUGCUCAGAGCUGGCCUCUGGUUGGCUGAAGCAGAACCAGGAGGGGCGGGGCCAGCUGGAGGACCUGAAGGAGAGCACCUCCCAGCUGCUGUCAGAGCUGAGGAGACAGACACACCGGGUCAGCGCGCUGGAGCAGGCCAGCGGCCCGGUCCUGAGGUGGAGGCGCGGGGAGGAGGAGCAGCAGGAGGUGCAGCUCCUCCUGUCGCUCCACUCCGUCCUCCUCCACCAGCUGGGGGCGGAGCUACAACUCCUCUCCACCUCCCUGAAGCCCCGCCCCCCCGGCUGCACCGUCAACAUCCUCCAAUCAGGGGGCUCGCCCAGCCUGAGUGACACCCUUCACCCCGAGCUGCACCAUGUGUCAGUGUGUCCGGUGGAUUGUGCGUCCCUCUUCCUCAGUGGUGUGCGUCGGUCGGGGGUCUACAGCGUGGUGCCGGGGGGGUCCCGACCAAUCAGAGCGUCCUGUGACAUGGAGACCGACGGGGGGGGUUGGACCGUGGUCCAGAGGCGUGAGGGCGGGGCUCUCAGCUUCAACCGUGAUUGGAUAGCGUACCGGGAGGGGUUCGGCCUGCCGGAGGCGGAGCACUGGCUGGGGAAUGAGGUCAUCCACCUGCUGACCAAUCAGGGGCCCUACAGCCUGCGCAUAGACAUGGAGGACUGGAGCCACGCCCACAAACACGCCCACUACAGCAGCUUCAGUCUGGAAGGCGGGGCCGAGCGCUACCGGCUGCACGUGUCGGGGUUCAGCGGCUCCGUGGGUGACUCAUUCGGCCGCUACCAUGACAACCAGGUGUUCAGCACACCGGACACCGGAAACAUCUGCUCUGAGAUCAGCCACGCCGGCUGGUGGUUCAGACACUGUUUCCAUAGCAACCUCAACGGGGUCUACUACAAGGGCGGGCACUACUCCCCCCAGGGCCCUAACGUCCUGGGUCCUGACGGGGUGGUCUGGUUCUCCUGGAGACGCUCCGACUACUACAGCCUCCGCUUCGUCUCCAUGAUGGUCCGCCCCCGAAGCUUCACCGCACACCUAUCGCCAUAGCAACGGGCCCACCGCACACCAGUCUCCAUAGCAACGGACCCACCGCACACCCGUAUCCAUAGCAACGGACCCACCCCACACCCGUCUCCAUAGCCACGGACCCACCGCACACCCGACUCCAUAGCAACAGGACCUGGAGCACAACCGUUUCCAUAGCAACAGACCUGCAGAACACCUGUCUCCAUAGCAGCCAGUACCAGAGCACACCCGACUCCAUAGCAACAGGACCUGGAGCACAACCGUUUCCAUAGCAACAGACCUACAGAUCACCUGUCUCCAUAGCAGCCAGUACCAGAGCACACCCGUCUCCAUAGCAACCAGACCCAGAGGAGACUAGUCUCCAUAGCAACCGGACCCUGAGCACACCUGUCUCCAUAGCAACGGGAUCCGUGGUAUACCGGUCUCUAUAGAAACAGGACCAGCUGUGACACCCCUGGGAGAGCAGAUCUCUGAUUUUUGGGUUACUAGCGAGUCGUGAGCUAGUACUGUUGAGGUGGUAGUUAACUGGUUUAGUAAGCUGGCAUUGUUAAAAGCACUGGUGUAGUAAGCUAGUUAAUGAGUCCUGUUUAAAACAACGAUAAUAAAGUUUGAACAAAUACAAUUAUUUGUCGACCCCGAGGAGACCCCAACCCUGAGGUGAAACCCGACCCCCAGGCGACCUCUGACCCCCAGGUCACCCCCCCAUGGAGCCGGGCUCCGGUCGCCGUCUCACGGUCUCCAUGACGACGUGGUGCUCCGGACCGUUCCGUAUGUGAACCCAACGAGGCCGAUCCCCAUGGUAACCCGCUGAUCACCAUGGUAACCCACUGAUCCCCAUGGUAACCCGCUGAUCACCAUUGUAACCCGCUGAUCCCCAUGGUAACCCGCUGAUCCCCAUGGUAACCCGCUGAUCCCCAUGGUAACCCCCUGAUCCCCAUGGUAACCGCUGAUCACCAUGGUAACCCGCUGAUCCCCAUGGUAACCCGCUGAUCACCAUGGUAACCCGCUGAUCAUCAUGGUAACCCACUGAUCACCAUGGUAACCCGCUGAUCACCAUGGUAACCCACUGCCACGGCAACAAAAGCGGUUUUAUUGAAGACACACUUUAGUAGGGCAGAUAUUUAAUAUGUCAACAACACAAAGACAACAACCUGAUAACUGUAAAGUAUUAGAACACAACAACAACAACACGCUAACUAUAAAGGAAGACCCUGAGCAGUCCCACACGCCUCAGGACAUAAACGUCCCUCAUUGAAGCUAAACUGAACUGUGGCUAAAGUCGCUCUGAGGGCUAACGAGGAAUAACUUCUUUGACUCACUUCAGACGUCUGCCUCCAGUGAAGUGAUGGUAGAACCAUGUCGGUACGAUGUAUCAUAUAAAUAUUAUCCACUUAUUUCAUCCUAUGGAUUUAAUACAUUCAAAUACCCCAUGUAGCUAUAUGUGCUAACUGUAGCAUGAAGCUAUGUGCUAACUGUAGCAUGUAGCUAUGUGAUGUAGCUAUCUGCUAACUGUAGCAUGUAGUUAUGAGCUAACAG